AUGUCAGUAUGGACUGCGACUGUCGUGGCCAAAGCCUACCAACGCAAAGCGAAGCUUGACCCAUUCCCUCCAGCCUGGUUUUGGGACUACAAACAAGGACUUGGGAGCCAUGAGGGAUUUGCCCUUCAAGGGCUGGAUUUACCCAUGGCGUUAUCAUGGCUCCCAAACGACCUAGCUUAUGAAGAAAGAGAACUUCUUGAUUAUUUUAUAUGCACGGCGCCUUCAACACUAGCCAUUUUCGAACCUGACAAGCACGAAAUCGUGAGUCUGUUGGUGCGUCUCGCUCUUUCAGAUAGUUCACCGUCUUCAAUUGCUGUGCUACAAUCGGCGUUGGCGCUCUCGUCGUUCCAUCGGCAUGGUUUGCAAGCAGGCGUCUUUCGGUUCAGAGCGCGCGCUCUCCGUACACUGAUUACAUCUUGUACGCCCGGUAUUGAAGUUCCCACGGUAGUUCAGCAUAUUGCGGCUAGUAUGAUACUUUGUCACCUUGAGAUGCUUGGGAUGCCGAAUACUGUGUCUCUGUGGUUCUGUCAUUUAAGCGAAGCUAAAUAUCUAAUCGACAAUGCAGGUGUUGAUAGCCAGUAUAUUGAGCGCCAAUUUUCCGGACUUCUAGGCUGGGUAGAGUAUCAUAUGGUUAUGAGUCGGUUUACGAUCCGACACUGGUUUGUAACCGAAGACUCUACUAAAGGGAUCAAAACUUCCGUACCUGCGGACCAGGGUAGCUGCCAAUUACAAAAGAUCAAAGAUGUAUCGCACUGCUCACAUGAGAUCCUUCAAUGCUUGUAUUUCAUGUUUGAAAUGAUACGUCAACCGUCAGAUUUACAAUACCAUGACGAUGAAUAUGAAAGUACCUUGCGUUGCCUCGAGCGCAGGAUAACGAAUAUUGUCCCGUCGUCACCAGAAGCCGUAUCGGAUACCAUGAGCACAGCCUGGGAGGCUACAAUAGAACUUUUCAAACUAGCUGCUUUGAUCUACCUGAAGAGAGCAUCGCGGAACUUUUCUGGACCGUCUCCUCAGAUCGACGCAAUGGUCGAGAGGGCCAAAAAGCUCAAUCUUGGAGGGGACGUUCUCGGCUUCGGAGGCGAGUUUGAGCGCACUUUUGACGAGACCAGGACGGGAGAAACUUUCAAGAAAAAUAUGACCAGAUAUAAUCAGGAGGUUGUUUACAGUAUCUCUUUUAAAGACGAGGACAGUACUGCCAAAUAUUUGACUGACAAUGCUCUUACGGCGAUGAAGACUUGGACUCCGGAAAAGAUUGCUGCGUCCUUUGGCACUCACUACACCGUCAAGGCAACGGUUGGUGGUUCUCGAAUUCUUAUUUCCUCUCUCGACACGCGUGAUGAGUUCACAGAGACCGAGAUGUCUACAGCAAUUGAAUUAAAGACUGUCAAUCCACAUACCAUAGGUGGUACUGCUACACGUACUGCUACAGACGACAAAGAGGAUUUGAAUUCAUGGCGCCAGAGUUUGCAUACUAACCCGGCUCUCAUCAACUAUAAGCUUCGACCCAUCGAAGAGCUCGUACCCGCAGACCUGACAGUUGAGCAGGGUAAAGAUGCCGGCGGAAAAACUAUUACAGUGUCGAAACGCAGUCUAGUAAAAAAGGCGGGAAGGGCAUUUAUCGAUGCACAUGCUCCAGUUGAUCACUGCACUGUGCUCGCUAUCAAGGUACCACUCAAGCCAUACUAUAGUGAUGCCGGUAGUGGCGCGAAGCAUGACAUGUCUGUGGCUUAUCCCGAUGUCCCCAAAGGCUGGCUCCGUGUGUCACAAUUUGCCCAGGGAGCUAGCAGGAAAUACGCAUUUCGUGGACAGAGCUAUACUUAUGCCGUGCGCGCAAAUCCCAAUCUCGUCCUUCUCGGUACUCAUGGGACUUGCCCAUGCCCUGGCGUAGUUGCUGCUACUCACGCAAACACUAUCUGGACAGGACGUUUAACUAUGACUCUUGGUGACUCGCUUCCACCGGCUCCGACGUUUUGGAGACCUUACUAUCAACCAUAUAACGAGCUCGGUUGA